GGAGGCGAGAGCUGGGCGCCCGCCCCUCGAGUUGUCCUUCUUAAUUAACCCCUGCGGGGCGAGGUGGGGUGCCUGGGUCUGCAGUGACUAACGGUCCUGCCUGAGCUUCUGAGGGGUAAGGAAGGGUGCUAGAAAGAUCCAAGAAGGAGCGAGCGCGAACUCGUGGGUACCUAGAGGCUGUUGGCUCUAGUCGGGCGCGGAGUUCCCGAGCUUGCCCAGGGGAAGAACCUACUCCUGCAACACCAACCUUCCCAUCCCCAACAUACACACCUCCUAGCUCCUCCUCGGAGCUACCUUUUGGAUUUGCUUGGGUUUCUGGUCCUGAGAUUGUUCCCCAGGAAAGCAGCACUAGGCAGAGACCUCGGAGCCGCCGACGCCGAUAACGGAUUCCCUCCGAGGCCCCAGCAGUUGCUUCUCCUUCACAGCUCUGGAAGCUGCGGUCUUUUCCAUCCGUGGACGAGGAGCCCCGCAGAAACCUGCAGCGCGAGGACUCCACUCCGGCUCGCCGGAGACUUGGCUGGAGAGGGGGGAGCCACCUCACGUCUCCCAGAGACAGGCCCCUUUGCAAGCCUCCAGCGCUGAAGGAAGUUUUGAAGGUAGAGAGUCGGCCUCCACAACUUCCUCCCGGCAUGAAUCAAACAGCAGGAGCCUCCAAUAACAUCAGGUGUCCCCCGGGGAAAAGCCACAAGAGUUGCCAUACCUAUUUGCGGCAUGACAGCUGGGUUCCAAGAGGGAGCAUUCCAAAAAGAAAGGAGCUGGUGGGGAGUAAUCCUCCACAAAGAAAUUGGAAAGGAAUAGCGAUCGCUUUGCUAGUUAUUCUGGUAAUCUGCUCCUUGAUUGUCACCUCGGUCAUACUGCUGACACCAGCGGAGGAUAACAGUCUGUCUCAAAAGAAGAAAGUUACGGUAGAAGAUCUAUUCAGUGAAGAUUUCAAAAUUCAUGACCCCGAGGCUAAAUGGAUAAGUGAUAAAGAAUUCAUCUACAGAGAACAGAAAGGAAAUGUGAUACUACGAAACGUUGAAACAAAUAUUUCUACAGUGUUAAUAGAAGGCAAAAAAAUUGAAUCAUUAAGAGCCAUCCGGUAUGAAAUAUCCCCAGAUAAAGAGUACGCACUUUUUUCAUAUAAUGUGGAACCAAUAUAUCAACACUCCUAUACUGGAUAUUAUGUCCUGAGCAAAAUUCCUCAUGGGGAUCCUCAAAGUCUAGAUCCACCAGAAGUCAGCAAUGCAAAACUUCAGUAUGCAGGAUGGGGUCCUAAAGGCCAACAGCUGAUCUUUAUCUUUGAAAAUAAUAUCUACUACCGUGCACACCUCGGGAAGCAGGCAAUUCGCGUGGUCUCGACUGGGAAGGAAGGUGUAAUCUACAACGGCCUUAGUGACUGGCUGUACGAAGAGGAGAUUCUAAAGACUCACAUUGCACACUGGUGGUCUUCUGAUGGCACAAGACUCGCCUAUGCCACCAUCAACGAUUCCCGUGUUCCGCUCAUGGAGCUCCCAACCUACACCGGCUCCAUCUACCCCACCGUGAAGCCCUACCACUACCCCAAGGCCGGAUGUGAAAACCCCAGUAUUUCCUUACACGUCAUUGGUUUAAAUGGACCUACCCACGACCUGGAGAUGAUGCCACCAGAUGACCCAAGAAUGAGAGAUUACUACAUCACGAUGGUGAAAUGGGCAACCAGUACCAAAGUCGCGGUGAACUGGCUCAACCGGGCCCAGAACGUGUCCAUCCUCACCCUGUGCGAUGCCACUACUGGAGUCUGUACAAAGAAACAUGAGGAUGAAAGUGAAGCCUGGCUCCACAGACAGAAUGAAGAACCAGUAUUCUCCAAGGAUGGCCGAAAAGUUUUCUUUGUCAGAGCAAUCCCCCAAGGAGGACGAGGAAAGUUCUAUCAUAUAACCGUGUCGUCAUCCCAGCCCAACAGCAGCAAUGACAACAUACAGUCUAUCACCUCUGGGGAUUGGGAUGUGACCAAGAUUCUGGCCUAUGAUGAGAAACGGAAUAAAAUUUACUUCCUCAGCACGGAGGACCUGCCAAGAAGACGGCAGCUGUACAGCGCCAACACGGUGGGAAACUUCAACAGGCAAUGCCUCUCCUGCGACCUGAUUGAGAACUGCACCUAUUUCAGUGCUUCCUUCAGCCACAACAUGGAUUUCUUCCUGCUCAAGUGUGAAGGACCUGGAGUUCCCAUGGUGACAGUGCACAACACAACGGAUAAGAAAAAAAUGUUUGACCUAGAAACCAAUGAACACAUACAGAAGGCCAUAAGUGACCGACAAAUGCCUAAAAUAGAAUACAGGAUACUCGAGAUUGAUGAUUAUAACUUGCCAAUGCAGAUCCUAAAGCCAGCAACUUUUACCGACACAAUCCACUAUCCUUUGCUCCUGGUGGUGGAUGGCACCCCGGGGAGCCAGAGUGUGGCAGAGAAGUUUGAGGUGAACUGGGAAACGGUAAUGGUGAGCAGCCACGGAGCUGUAGUGGUGAAGUGCGACGGCCGUGGCAGUGGGUUCCAAGGAACCAAACUCCUGCAUGAAGUGAGGAGAAGACUGGGAUCCCUGGAAGAGAAGGACCAAAUGGAAGCCGUGAGGACGAUGUUGAAAGAGCAAUACAUUGAUAAAACGCGAGUUGCUGUGUUUGGGAAGGAUUAUGGUGGGUACCUGAGCACUUAUAUACUCCCAACAAAGGUUGAAAAUCAAGGUCAGAUUUUCACCUGUGGCUCUGCUCUCUCUCCAAUAACAGACUUCAAACUCUACGCCUCUGCAUUUUCCGAAAGGUACUUGGGCCUCCAUGGACUUGACAACAGAGCAUAUGAGAUGACCAAAGUAGCACAUCGCAUGUCAGCCCUGGAAGAACAGCAAUUUCUGAUCAUUCACGCAACUGCUGAUGAAAAAAUCCAUUUCCAGCAUACAGCAGAACUCAUUACACAACUAAUUAAGGGAAAAGCUAAUUACAGCUUACAGAUAUACCCAGACGAAAGCCAUUACUUUAAUAGUGUCUCCCUCAAGCAACAUCUAUACCGAUCCAUCAUCAACUUCUUUGUGGAAUGCUUCCGGAUUCAGGACAAACUACCGACAGUCACAACGAAAGAUGACGAAGAAGAGGACUAAGCACAUGUCAGCCCUAAGCACAAGCGUGGCUCUUUCUAUACCAGUAUGCAACUGAGAAAUGUCCCCUGCCCCUCCCUCUUCCCUCAGAGGGGUGGGGCAGGGGCGAGAAGUGUUAUGUCCCAUAGCAUGUGUGUCUCAGAUACUGAAGGCAGCUUUGCUUCGGAAAGCAGCUCCUUCCCCAGGUGGAGGUACGUCAUCGUGCAUGAUGGGUUCGACAGAGACUGGAACAACUUAGCAUCUGUGGCGUCGCCUCCUCUUGGCCCCAGAGUGACUAGUGGAUCAAAAGACCCCCUCCCCCAAGGAACAAAGCAUAAGGAUCUGUGGUAAUGAAGGCCUGGAAGAAACCGGCCCUUUAGAUUCCAGCUAUCAAGCAGUAGCAUUAAGACCCAGCUUAUACUUUAGAGUACCAUGCUCACGCUAGCAGCAUGACAUCCUGUCUGAUAGAACUGUGCCAUGAAGACGAAAAAUGGAAACACACAACGUUUACAGCACAAUUAUUUUAAUAGUACAUGUUCGUAUAUUGGCUUGCUCCUUUCUGUGAUUAAAAGAUUCAACGUUGCUAACGGGCUGCAGAAGAAGAAAGACCCUCUUCUGCACAAAGUAUUUCUGUAGCUAGGCUAAUGGUUAACCUUAUGGAAUUAGUUAGUAUUUUUCUAUGGUUUUUACCUGAUGCAUCUUUGUCCUGUCAUGGGGUUGUUUUGCUUUGCCUUCUUUCCCCGCCUGUGUUUUGCUUUGUUUUCUUCAGUUAUUCUGUAGCUUUUCCUGCUUGUUUGGAUAAAGAAACACAUUGGAAGUUACUGCUCUCUCCUAAAGGUGGUCUUCAGACAAUUGUGGAGACAUUUCAAAGAGCUGGGGGAUGGGGGGAACCUCCGAUUCUAUUCACUAAAAAAAUAAAUACAUAAAGUGCUCUCCCACAGAGCUACAGUAAGACUUGGCUGCAGAUUCACCAUUGUCCAUUUACGUCUCCUCCUCGGUAAGUUGUCAAAUCUUUUCAGAUGGCAUUUGGUUCAAAAUGAAAAAAGACAGAGCUUCCAUUCCAUCUCCCAGGUCUGUGAUGUACACUAGGGUCCCAGGAAUCAGUAAGAAAGUGGGGGGGGGGGGGGUUGUGCCAGCUCCCGGCUCCUGCCCUGGGGAUUGCUCUGUGGCCCUCUCUCUGCUGCGAGCAGUAAGGUUGAUGUGGUUCUACGUUAGCCUUGUAAGAUACUCUGACCAAAUGUACAGCCAGUACUCAUAGUGUAUAUUUCAUUUUGUUGUAUAUAAAGAAAGGAAUGUACGUCAGUCAUUUGUGCAGUCGCCCCCUGCCCAUGGCCCCAGUGGUACUAAUCUUGUGUUUAGCAUGCAUGCUAACACUCCUUGGCUGAUCUGAACUCUUUAGAAGUGCUAGUUUGAAAUAUAUCAAUUGUCAUUUCCUUUUGAGCUUGUUGACAACCUGAAUGUCAGUACUGAUUUCUCCCAUUUCUGGUCCUGCUGUGGGUGACCUUAACAUCUUGUCAGCAGAGAAGAUAUGUCCAUGUUGCUUUUUGAUGUUUAGGGAUUUUGGUUUCAUCUACAUGAGCUUUGAAUGUCAGUUGUAGUUAGGUCAAUCAGAAGAUCUCCAUCACAGGAUUUGUUUCUUUAAGGUGUAUAUCACCAUUUGUGGAAAGGAUCAACACACUGACAAACAGGACUAAUCUGAAUGCUACACGUUCGUGCUUUUGCUAUUUCAAUGGGCGUGACCGACUGCAAAGCCAACUUGGUCUGAAAGGGGAAGCCAGCUCUGGCCACAAGAUCUGGUAGGAGGGAAGUGAGAAUGUGGCAUGGUAGCGUUUGUUCAUUCAUGGAAUAAAACAUUAUUUUACCA